UUCGCUUGCGGAUUACAGGCCACGGAGUUUUUUUUCUGUUUCAAUAUAAUAAUGGCAACAAAAUUUUAUUUGUUCUCUAAGAUGUACUGUUAGCUGGUGUGCAUUUAGUUUUACCUAGACUAGGCUUGCUGUCAUCGUUCUGCCAAGAAUGCCUUCAGGUAGUCACCAAAGCAUUAUCUCUCCAUACCAGUAGGCUUUUUCUACAGCAGUGUUUCUCGCAGUCCAUGGAUUUAUCAUGCUUAGUUAUAUUCCACGUUGAAACGUAGGCCUUUAGCUCUUUCUCCUUUGUUCUUUUUUUUUUUUGGUGGCAAGCUCGAGAGGUCACUUUGCAGAAUUCUACUUAACUACUCGUUCUGUAUAUUAGAACUCUGCCUCUACAGCUUUACAACAGCGAUUUCAGUUCACGUUAAAUAUAGUUGAAGGUAGAGUACGUAAAUUCAUGUAGAUUCCUCCAUAUGUUAUACCUGUUGAUGUGUAACGCUGCAUUGUCGACUGCUAGUUUAACCCACAAAAAAUAUAUUAAAAUUCCAAUGACCAACAUUUUAAUCUCAAUAGUUAGAAAUAUCGAAGGUUUAUUAUAUUUUCAUUUAUGUCAAAUGUAUUAGAUUCCCGAUCCAGUGACCGCACGCGUUAAAUGGCCCACGCAUAUCUUUUCUUAUUUAUUUAAUCAAUAGCAUUUACGGUCUACUCUCUAUAAUAUGGAGUAUCAAGUGUAUAGAAAACUGCAUCACAACGUAUAAUGGUUUAAGAGUUUUACUGUUCGGCGUCUUUUAUUUCAUUCCAGGUAUAGCGCCACCGACGGCUGUUCAUCCAGGCCUUGUAAAGAAGAACAGAGUAUCUUCAGGUACUGCGACGGGAUCCAAUGUCACACCGUAUCAUUGAAAAGCGUCGACGGGACCGCAUGAAUAACUGUUUGGCUGACUUGUCUCGUCUUAUCCCUGCAGACUACCUCAAGAAAGGACGUGGGAGAGUAGAAAAGACAGAGAUAAUUGAGAUGGCAAUUAAACACAUGAAACAUCUUCAAGCUCAUGCUUGCCAUCAGAUAGACACAUGUGAACUAGCACAGCAACAGAACUGCGAAGAUGGAAAUGAACAGCAUCCAACUGGAGGGCCCAUAAUAAUUGAGCAUUAUCGACUUGGGUAUCAAGAGUGUCUAUCAGAGGCAAUGCAUUUUCUCGUUGAAGUUGAGGGCUUCUUUGCUGGUGACCCACUCUGUGUUCAACUUAUCAACCAUCUUCAGAAACAUUGUGACAAGAUCCUCAGAGGUGACCGGUUGAAUUUUCCUCGGGCACAUCAUGGUGAAACAACAAGCACAUCAUCCAAUAGCAGUGGGAGUGGUGGCUACAGCAAUCGUCAUGGUAGUACCAUUCCUUCUGGAUCGUCUGGCCUCAGUUCAGGUUCCCCUAAUUCUGGUUCCUGUAGUGAUUCUGGACGAACAGAGAACAAGGAUUCCGGAAUAGCCAGUGACAUUCCUACUGUUCCAGCCCAGGCUGUUAUUGCUCUUCCUUCAGCAGAAGUUGGUGAUGACAGUUGCUGUGAAGAUAGUGUUGUAAACCUUAAUGGACCAAGCCAAUUAAGAGAAAUGCUAACAUGUUCAAACAUACCAUCACUCCAAGCAAGCCAUACAACAACUGUAGUAACCAGAAUACCACAGACAACCUCAGUAAUGGUUUCUCAUCAGCUGUUGCAACCGUCACCUUCUCCUCUGCACCCAGUAUCAAGUCUCCAGUAUUCCUCUGGAAUGGGCACUACUAAUUUCAGUCCAGAGCAGAAUGGAAUAAAUGGAGGUGGUUCAACUGCAGCCUUGUAUAAAUUCAAGAAUAAUAUUAAACAGCGAUUUACAGCAGAGCAUCAUGUUGAAGGUAACAAUAAUGGAUAUCAUGAUGAAGUGUCAACGCCUAUGAGUGGCUUUCCAGUGAAUAACAAUGGUGUGGGUGUUAAAAGGAAGCGCUACUCAUUUGAAGCAGUGCAUGAACUAAUGCCAGGAACUGGUACACUUACACUGUCUUCGGUGACAAAUCUGAAACGUCGUGACAGUGAAACCUGUUCCAUCCCAUCUUCUCCACCUUCCCCUCCUAUUUCAAAGUAUCCCCCACCCACCCCUUCUCCAGAUCCUGCCCACACUCCUCCACAGCCCCUUAGAUCAUUGACUAAUUCUUCGUAUGGAGUUCCUAUAUUCGCUUUACAUUCAAAAGGCUCAUUCUACAUACCAUUAACAUUAGAUGCUGAAGUUCUAGCUCCUUAUUUGGCAGAAAUUGAAUUUGGGCCUCAUGUUAAUGGUCUUCAGAAUGGAAACACUUCAUCAGUGUCAGGCUCAGUGGUGCUUCAUCCUGUCACUAUUUCUGUCAACUUUCAGCAAACAAAGCAUCACAGAAUUUCUCAGCAUCAUUCAAGGCAACAUAUUAAUCACUGUUCUUCCAUUACAUCAUGGAAGAAAGAACUGAAUGGUUUCCUACCUAUAUCUAAGUGGUCUUUAUAUUCUCCUGAUAGAAAUUAAUCUGUUACAGAGACAUCUGAUCAUGACAAUUCUAAGGACUAACUGAUCCUUUAAAACUCAAUGAUUGUUGUUGAAAUGCAUAUUGCAGCCUGCUUAUAACCAGUCUUAUGUAAUUAUGUGUAUAUCAUGCUGUUCAUAAUGUAGGAAAUAAUGCCAUAAAGAUAUUGCUAAAAACCAUAUCACACAGAGUUUGUCUGAAGUGACUUUCAUUAACACAUCCUUUUUGGACCUAAAAAUAGAUUUUUGACCUAUGAUAAUUGGGUCUUUGCUCAACUCAGUGAAGGGGAUAAUAUGCCUGGAUUGCCAUUAUUAGUUAACUUGUCUGGUAGUACUUCAGUGUAAUAAAUGGGCAGCAUAAUUCUACCAUUGUGAAACAGAAUAGAAGCAGGAUGUCCUAGAUAUCUUAUGCUGAAAUAGAGAAGACUGUGAUAUGACAGUUCGUAAAUCACACGACUAUGUGGAAAUAAAAUAAUCUGUUUUAUGUGUCAUAAAGGUUAUGUUAUCAGAUGUCACUCUGAAAAUAUGGAGUUGGUUUUGUCAACCAUACCCUUUUGAACACCCUGUUCUCUGUUGGAAAUGAAUUACGUAGUUAUGCUCAGGGCAUAGCUGCCUCCGUAGUCUAGAGGUAACGUUCCCACCUCAUGACUCGUGGUACGCGGGUUCAAAUACCCGGUGGAGGUCAU